UUUAUAGAUGUGAAUAAAAGAAGGUCAACAAUAUUACGAUGAUCACUUUUAUGAACGCAUAUUAUCACUGAUUCUUAUCGAUAGCAUUGUGUUUGCGUAAGUAUUUUAUCAGUAAUUCACUUGUUGUCUACAUAAUCAUGAGGAGAUAAACACCGGAUGUCAGUCUAUGUUAACAAAUUAAUUAAAUUGGUUUAACUCGACUCCAUGUUCUUGAUAUUUUUACUAUGCACUUUCUAUGUAACUUUAAUGAAAGCAGCUGGAAAUUCUGUUGUAAUUGAUGUUAUGGAAGAUGCCAGAGCUGGGACGGUUAUAAUAGACAACCUGGAGCAUAGAUUCCCAUCAUUUGGAAGUAUGGAACCUAAAACGCAUUACAUUGCGAUCGGAAAUCCAUCAAGUCCUGGAAUAAAUAACUUGGAAAUACGUCAGCAUAGAUUUGAUGGUUCUGUGCAGCUGGUUGUUAAGGAUGGACACAACGGUCCAGAUCGUGAUGAGCUUUGUGGAACAAGAGAAUCUCAGACUGACUCUCAAAUGCCAUUCUGUGAUAUCCCCUUAAUUAUUUUACAUGGUAAACGUCAUGAGCCAUCUUAUGGGAAGUUGACGCUGCGUGUUUUGGACAGAAAUGAUAACAGCCCCACAUUUACUAAAAAGGACCCAAUUGAGCUCAGAAUACCAGAGAAUAUAGAAAAUUUCGAUAUGACAAGUGGCAACGCUUUAAGUUCUCCCCAUAUGCUACAUUCCAAUAGCAAACCAAAUGCAAUAAAUCCAGCCACACUUGAAUUACCUAAAGCACAUGACAUUGACUUACCGGAGAAUGGAAUUAAAACUUACCGGCUCACAACUGUUUCAGGGCACGAAAUAGAUAAAUCACUAUUCAAUCUAAUUGUGAGUACUGACAGUGAAAACAAAGGUGGUACCAAUCCUCCUGUUCCAUCUUUACGUAUACUAGGCUUGCUAGAUAGGGAGAAGCAAGAUGAAUACUGGUUCCACUUAUUGGCUCUGGAUGGCGGGAAUCCUCAGCGAACUGGUACACAGACUAUUCACUUAGUGGUUACGGACAUUAAUGACAACAUUCCAAAAUUCAGAAAACCAAUCUACCAUUUUCCAACAUUUACAUCACCAUCUGACUUGUAUGGUCAUGCCAUAUCUCAGGAAUUUUUAAAAAUCUCAGAGACUCAGGCACCUGGGAGUUCACUAGUCACCUUAGUGGCUGAUGAUGAAGAUCGUGGUUUGAAUGGUCAGAUUACCUACCGUCUUAAAGAACCAACAAUUGGUGACCAAAAUGCAGCUUCAUUGCAGUGGUUCAAAUUGGAAAACAACAAUGGGACUGCAGUCUUAAAAGUUGCAAAGAAAAUGGACGCAGAUGAUCGUCAUGGAACAACUUGGUCAGACCUGAAUCGAGAACACAGCGGUCGCUUAGUAAAGUUGGUUAUAGAAGCUGUAGACUCUGGAUCUCCAUCACUGACAGGAAGUAUUGAUUUAUUCAUUUUAGUAGAGAAUGUUAAUGACAACGAACCUUUGAUAUCUGUACAGUAUACACAACCAUUCCAAGCAGGACUCGAAUUUCACAGUGCUCAAACAAAAAUUGUAGGAAGCCUAUUAGAAAAUCAAAACGAACAGUUGACAGUCGCACACCUUACGGUAGAGGAUGGUGAUAUUUUACAAGGUAACACUGGUUCACUAUUAAACUCUCUAGAGGUGCAUUGUGAAACAAACGAUACACGGUUUGCACUAGAUAAGGUGUCCAAUUUAAACUAUAUUGACCGUCCAGAAGGUUAUGGAAUGACGUUUACCGAUUAUAGUUCACCACUAUUGUUUUAUAAGAUGUUAUCAUUAAAACCUAUAGAUCGAGAAGUUGAACCCUGGGUCUUUGUUAAGGUGGUCUGUGUUGAUCAAGUGCAAGUUAAUUAUGCAUCGGGAACAUAUCAAAAUACUGGGAAGCUAGUCCAACCAAACCGUUUAACUGGAAGCACAAUAGUUGCAAUUAAAAUACUAGAUAUAAAUGAUAAUGUGCCGAAGUUCACUCAUCAUAACUACCGAUUCAGUGUAUUUGAAACACCAUCAAUAUUGAUAAAUUCUAUUAAAGAUAUAUUUGAUGACCAGUCUAAGGUUGAAGUUGGUCGUAUCAGAGCAGAUGAUGAGGACGAGGGCGCGAAUAGUGAGGUGACUUACAGCUUACUGUCAGGAGGAAAUGAUGCAUUCAAAAUUGACGAAAAGACCGGGAUAUUAUGGAGAGUAGGUUUUAUAGACAGAGAAAAAGUUGCCCAAAUCGAAUUGAUUGCUGAAGCAAGUGACCAUGGAGAAACAAGUUUAAGUGGUACCACCUUAAUUAGAGUUGAUGUGCUUGACGUAAAUGACAAUCCCCCUUAUUGGAUAAUGUCAACUAUUGGUGAUAAAGUGAAUGAUAUUCGUCGUGGUGGACCUGAAGAUGGUGUUUAUUACUUCUCACUAAAUGAGGAUGCUCCUAUUGGCAACAUAGUUGGAACAAUAAGGGCGGUAGAUACUGAUGGUCUGGCUGAAAGUGAAAUGAUCGGACAAAUCAUAGAAAGACAGAACCCCUCAAUGUUACAAAAACCCAGCUUUAAUCCACUAACUGGAAUCUCAUCUAUAAUGUACCACUUGGAAAACGAAGGUGACGGUAAGAUAUUUUCAGUAAAUUCACGGAAUGGCGAAAUACGUCUCAAUCAACAUCUAGAUCGCGAAGUACGUGCUCACUAUGAAUUUCGAGCUUUCGCAGUUGACGAUACUUCACUGGCAUCAAAAAAUCUACUCGAUGGCCCAAAAUUAAGCAAUAAAUGGAGGCAUCAAUACACAGCAACUGCUACAGUUAUUAUCACAGUUUUAGAUGUAAAUGAUAAUCCACCGAUAUUUGAGACUCCAUUGAAUGGUCAAGAAUUUCACAUAGAGCCUGGUUCUUCAAUGGCAACUGCCGGAACAACGUUAUUCACUGCUAAAGCUCAUGAUCCUGAUAUUGGUGAUAAUUCUGUGGUCAGAUAUUCUUUAGAUAACAAUGGUUAUGGAUUAGUUGAAAUUGAUGCAACAACCGGCGUCUGUUACUUUCGAGAAACAGUUCACCAUUCUUUAAUGAACAAAUUACUCACUUCAAAUCAAUUCCCAAUAAGUGGAAAAGCUUCGGUUCAUCUCUAUGACACUAAUUUAAUUUCUUCUGAAAAUUCUGUUACAAAUCGUGCUCAUGAGCUACACUCAUUCAGUUUAAGUCUAACUGUCAUUGCUCGUGAUUUAGGUAGUCCAUAUUCAUUGAAUAAUUCACGUACAGUGAAGCUUGUAUGGACAUCCGAAGCUCAAUUGAAAGCACUUAGCGCAUCCGCAAAUGAAUUAAUGGAUAGAGGAGUGUUUAGCACUGCAACUGCAUUCUUAUCAGAUCAUCGUAUAUCAAUAGAUAAACUAAUAAUCCCUUUAAUAAUUGGAGCUUUUCUCCUAUUGUUGAUCAUAUUUCUGGUACUGUUUGGUAUAUUUCGCUGUCGUAAACAUUCAAGCAAAACAUUAUCUUCGAACAAACAAAUAUUUGUGAACACAACCUAUUCACCUAAGUAUAGUAAGACACAGAAUGGUAUGAAUAAAGACAGUAACAAUUGUGUAACCCAAAACAGUUCAAAACAAAAUCAGUGGUGUUUAUGCAUACAUAAGCAUAGCAGUAAUCAAUCCAAGAGAAGAUCAUCAAAACUGGAGCGUAUUGAAAAUUUAAAGAAGUCCAUACAAAUUCUGGAACACAGCACUAACAGUACAAACAAUAAUGUGAAUAAUACAAAUAAUCCUAACAAUGUACAUAAUGACUUCAUUGUUAAUAAUUAUGGUGAAUUUGAUCCCAAAAAUCGAGAGAUUUCAGAAAAAGGAAUAAUGAGAGCUAGAAAUACACCAGCUGAGGUUUCUUUGAAGACUUGUUUACCAGACUGCGUUCCAUCAAUUGUUGGUGGUCAAACGUGGACUCGUAAUGAUGACAAGGCACAUUUCAAAUGGGUAAUGUCUACAGUUAAAAUAAUGCAAUAUGCUAUACAAAACAAAUAAAUGAAAUUCUUGCUUUUUGAAAAUUAUCUUUAGGGUUGUAUUAAAUAAUAUUGGAACGUUUCUAAGUGUGCAUAAUUAGUUACACGGUUUCCUUCUUGUGAGUGACAAAAUUUGUUAGGGUAAAAAGGUUACAACUGACACCAAGCUUGCUGACAACAUAAGUUUUUUCCUUCAAGUUAAGAUAAAUUCAAAAUAUCAACCAGCUCGUUUGCAGUCGUAUGCAGCCCAGUGUACUUAUGUAUCAUCCAUCAGAGUUAUGUAAACUCCAAGGUUAUGAAACUAUAGAUGAAAAUGAUACAGGUAAAAUUAAUGUAAACCAAUUAUUCAUCGAUUUGUCACUAAAAUCUGUUUGCUUUAGUUUGGUGGUUUGUUCUGAUUUACUUAUUUCAAGUUGAUAUUCAUCAUGGACUGAUAUCAGUUUAAAAACCAUUGAAGACCUGAGAGCACUGGACAGCAGGACUGCUCACCCAUGAUUCUGUCUAUUUUGUCUGACUGAAUUGAAAGUGUCACUGUGGUCAAUUAAUAGUACUGAAGCAAAGAGAAAAUACUUCUAAACUUAGUGUUAUCCACUCUUUCAUGUGCGUCUUUAUGAAAACUGACGGAUCCGAAGGGUAUUUUGUAAUGUUUGUUUAAUAAAUUAUAAUGCUUUUGAAUAACCGUUUGCAUGUUCCUGAACCAAAUUAUCAAUUAGAGCAGUGAGGCCCUUGUAUGUAAGGUUUGCUUUAAAUCUCUUCACAAGUGGUUAGAAAUUAAAUUGCGAAAAAACUUAGUUUCAACUUUACAAUGCCAUUUCUGUGAUAUAAGUUCUAAUCUGUUAACGAAAUCAAGAAGUUUGAGUAAUUUAGCUAGUUCAUGAGUGUCUAGAAGACUAUGCAGACUAUGAAGGAUUGUUUAUCUUUUGGUUUCUCUUUUACUAAAUAAACAGAAGGCCACUUUUUCAAUAAGUGUAAAUUAGUUAGAUUCAUCACACUUCAGUUUCUUUACUCUGAAACGUUGAUUUGCACUGAAAUAAUAUCUACGUUUUCCUCAGCUAUUAACACUAUGUUGGGUGGUCCUUACAAUUACGUAAUUAUUCAUUGCAAAUUGACUUCUGAUUGUCUCAGACUUUCAUAAUCAAUUUUAUUUAGCGUCGAUAACUACCUAGACAUAUGUUUAUUCUUCUGUUGCCAAUCAUUGUGUUUUGAUUGCAUUGAUUUUAAUACUUCGAUGCUGUAAAGUGCAGCAUGAAACCUUCAAUCCUAUUAGAGACUAUUCUCAGCUUACCUAUGACUGUUUAUUUUUAGUAACAGAAUUGUUGUCCAGACUGACCAGCAGUAUUGAAGGUCUUACCGCUUACAAAUGAAAUUGCCGAACUAUCAUCCUUUCGCUCACAUGUAAAUAUAAGUAUAAUUUCAAAACUUAGCUACCUGGAAAAGAAAAGAAAAUAUGGAAUUUAUAAUUUCAAUGAAAUUUCUGAAAUGUAGUAAAGUAUUAACCAAUUUAUUAUGGGUAUGUAGUUACACUAUCUGAAUGUCCUUCUAAAAUAUCGUUUAGUGUAACUUUGGGAGAACAAAUUUUUAGUGAAUUUCAGUUUGAUGCAUUGGAAACUCAUUCAAUCAAUAUUCUGUGGCUUUGCAAAUAUUUUGUUUGUUGAUGUGUAGUGCGGAGUGUUACUGGAAAGUAAACACCUUUCAUAGUAAAGUAAAUUCCACGGAGACAAUCGUAGUCAGGCAUUACUUUUAUGUGGCCAAACAAGUGAAAGUAGCAGGAGACUCUGACCGGUGAAUAAUUCGAGAUUUAGCCAAAUGAGAUCCAUAACAUUGCUAGACGUACUGCUAAACGAAACCUUAAGAAUAGGUAAGCAUAGGGAGAAGGAUUGUGAGCACGAUUUUCGAAGCUAGCAAGGCGGUAGAUAUGGAAAAAUAAAUGGGAAGAUAUAGGAUAGAAGUGCUAAGAAUCUGCGAAAGCAGAUCAAAUGGAAGUGGAUUCUCCAAACUGUCAACUGGAGAGCAAAGUAAAUAAUCUACUCCGAAAUUGUCACCCAGAUGACAACUACGAGCACACUGAGUUUUGGAGUGGCUAUCAUGAUGUCUCCAGGAGCAUCGAAGUCUGUCUCAUGCGGUGGGAACCAAUCUCGUUCUGCGGGAUCUGGAUCAUGAAAGCAAGGUGAAUUCAACUCAAAAUGAAGGGAGGUCACAAUCAUACAAUGUUACAUUACGCUACGCUAAGCGCCUACAAAUAAUGCAGAUGAAAAGAAGAAGGAGAAAUUCUUCAGACAACUGCAAUCAGCACUGGACAAGACCCCACCCCAGAUGGACACAUCAAAAUUCUUAUGGGUAACAUGAAUCCGAAACUGGGGGCAGACAACACAGGAAGAGUACGCAUUGUGUCGAAAAGCACUCGGUGAGACAAAUGAGAGCAGAGAACUAUUUACAGAUUCCUGCGACUUCAACGAUUUGGAGAUUGGAGGUAGUGUUUACAAGCACAAGGAUAUUCACAAAGCGACAUGGAUUUCACCAGACACCGGGACACACUAAAAAUCGGAUCGAGUUCAUCUCAAUGUGAAGAAAGUGGAGAUGUAGCCUACUGGACACAAGAUCAGAACAACAAGGGGAGCAGAUAUAGGUUCACACCACUAUCCGGUGCAAGUAACCCUCAAAAUCAAGUUGAAAGCCUUCAAGGAAGUUGGUGAUAGAACACAUUUCAAGUUCAUCACUUAGAAUGGAAGCUGAAGGACGAAACUGCAAACUACAUCUUCACAUCAGCCAUCAAGACGAAAUGGGAGAUAUCGAGCAAGAUUCCUGAACAAACCUGUGUGGAUGAGCACUGGAACUCUUUGAAAGCUAUGUGGAAAGAAAGCUGCAUAACGGUGUUAGGAAGGAAGAAGAAGAGGUGAGAUAAGGAAUGGAUCUCAACGGACACAUGGAAGUUGAUGGAGGAGGGAGAGGAAGAUGGUGAAGCAGAAGAUGGACCAGUGUAGUGCAAGGAUGAACAACGAGAAGAGGAACUGGGAAUAACGUAUAAAACGUUGAACAAAGAAGUGAAGAAGAGUGCACGGAAAGACGAAAGACACUUCCACUACACACUGGCAAGUGAAGUAGAACAGGCUGCAGAUAAGAAAGAUAGAGACCUGAAAACAUAUCAAAUAGAGAAAAUACUAUCUGGGAAGAGAUCAACACAAAUGAAACCAAUGGAAGAUAGUGAAGGAAAGCUAGUUACCAAAGAGAAAGGAAAAACAAAGGAAACGAUGGGCUCACCACUUCAGAAAGCUCCUGAAUCGCCCACCACCUGCAACUCGUUCAGAAAUACCACCAGCAGCCCACCCACAAAACUGUCAAUGAAGGCAAGCCCUCCGACAACAGCAGAAAUGAAGUCGUGAACCAGAUGAAGUUACUGAGAGCCGCGAAUGCAGCAGGACCAGAUAGAAUCCGGCCAGAAUCACUGGAAACAGACGCAGAGACAACAGUGGACAUGCUCACACCACUAUUGCAGAAGGUCUGGAAGGAAGAGA